CAACGACGAACCAACUCCAAUAGCGCAGCACCAUGAACGCUAAGCUCUUCUUCAUCCUCGCUUUCGUAGCAGUAGCCAUCGCCGAAGAUCAGGUCGAUGGGGAGACGAAGAAAGACAAGAGAGGAAUCUAUGGAUUAGGAUAUGGUCUGGGAGGUGGUGGUUAUAGUGUGCCAGCCAGCCAAGCAGUCUCCGUUGUAACCAAGGAAGUGGCGGUUCCAGUACCUCAUCCCGUUCCUGUUCCUGUCGAGAAGCAAGUUCCUGUCCCAGUUAAGGUACCAGUUGCUGUCCCGGUCGACCGACCCUAUCCUGUCCACGUUCCGAGACCCUACCCAGUCGAGGUGACCAGGCACGUUCCAGUGCCAGUUGACAGGCCAGUCCCCGUUCCAGUCAGGGUUCCAGUGCCAGCCCCGUACCCCGUCAAAGUAGCGCAACCCUACGCUGUUCCAGUCGUCAAACAGAUCGCAGUCCCGUACGUACAACCUGCAGUGGUCAUCGACAAAUACAGCGGUGGCUGGCCUCACGGUGGUUACUCCGGUGGCUACUCCGGUGGUUACUCCUCCUGGUAA